AUGUCUCAUAGGUUGCCACAGUCUCUCUCCAAGACCUGAAAAAGUUUUCGAUUACAACGUGGUUGAACGGUCUGCAAGAAGACGGAGCGCCGUCCUAGCCGCUUUCUUUGUCUUUUUACGAUUUAGCCUGUUUUAAAGAAGCACUAGGAAAAUUUUUAGUGGCCACUAUAGAGGCUCGCCGAGGACUACUUGGAGAGGACACUGAAGUGGCCACUAAGCCCACCUCUAUAGUGGCCACUAUUUUCCGUUUUAGUGGACACUAUAGAGGCUCUAUAUUUAGUGACUAAUUCAGUAGAUUUCACCCAGUAUCUCUUUCAUCCAAUAUUCUUUCCAGUAACCGUGAUAAUUUUAAAACAAACAUAUUGGACCAGUCAUGUUGAUUCAUUGACCCCUAAAGUGGCCACUAAAAUUCUUAGUGGUCUAGUAGUAGCACUUAGAACUCUAUAGUGGCCACUUUUUAACACCUUAAAUAGACACUAAUUUGACUACUAUAGGGGACACUAAAACGUCAAAACCUCUAAAAAUUUUCCCAGCACGGAGAAAUUUCCGUGACAAGAAAGGUCAUUUUACUUUGCAAUAAGAAUUUUUCUGAAAUUUGGCCAGAAUAUUCCUUGAUGUACCAGAUGAAGAUACAGAAAGGCUCAACCCGCAUAACUUUCCAGUUUUCGAGAAAAACGAACUUGAAAUCGAAAAAACCGUCAAAAUCGGGAAAAUGAGUAGUUUUCGGGCUUUGAGUCCUUAUUUAGGAAGUUGGGCAGAUUGAGAGUUUCAGAAUCUUCAUAUAGUUCAUCAAGGAGUGUUCUGGCCGAACUUCAGGAAUUUCCGACUGCAAACUAAAAUGAUCUUCCUUAUUUUUUUAAAAGUGUCACCAUUAUUGUUCUUUUCUUGAUACUUCUUUUGGACAACGUUUGUUUCAAUAUGGCUCUUUAAGAGACGAAAGUGUGCUCUAUAGCAAAUAAAAACCAUAAAUUUUCCGAAUAUUCCUGUGUCACACCUUGUUUAUUGUCCAAAUAAAUAAAUUUUGUUAAUUUUUUUUCGUCAUGUUCAUUGAAAUCGAUGUUUUUCACGCCUUUGUGUCAUGUUACUUUGGAUUGAAUAUUUUUAAAGGUCAAGUUUCUCUUUUUUUUUAAUUGGCUUCAUUUGACCUCGAGGGCUCCAUGAUUUCUCUCUCGAAGAGCGAAAAGUUCAACAAGAGAGAAAUUACUCGAUUGCUUAGAUUGAAUUUGAAAAAAAUAUAAGACUAAUUAUAAUAUUUAUAUCAUUUCAAAAAAAUCUAUAAAUUAUUUAAAAAUUGUUUUUUUGCGCCAUUCAUGCUGAGAUUUAAUACUUUUUCACUGUUGGAAAGGAGAAUCAACAUGUUUUUUUAACCCAAAGAUAGAACAUUUCGUUCCGAAAACCGCGAAUCCGCGAGGAGAUCAACGGCAGAUGCAAUUUCACAAUGGAGCGCAUUUUCCUUUUCGCUUAAAUUUGGAGGGAAACCCGUUCAAAUUCGUGUUCUUAUUCUUUUUUUUUCAUUAUGUUUUUCUUUUUCGGAUUUUAUUUUUUUCUACGAAUAAUAUCAUAUUGAUCUGUAUUUCCUAUUAUUGGGACGAACGAAGUAAGCUUUUUUUCUGUUGGAUUUUUUGAAGCUGUUGAAGGUUUUAAAAAAAAGAUGACAAUUAUUUUUUUUUUCUCAUAACGUAUAAUAUUUUCAUAAAAAUCAACUGCAAAAUUUUCUUGCAUUUUUACUAGUGACUUUUAGAAAGCGCUGCUUUUUUUUAAGUCCGAAAAUUAUUUUUAAUUUUUUUUAGGCAUGCCUCCUCGGCCAAAAGUGGCACGGCGCACUAAAACUAGCGGUAUAUUAUUUUUUUCCCCGAUUUUUCAUGGUUUCGAUUUUUCAAUUUCAGCGGCCACUCCAUCCAAACGGCGGAAAAAAAUGAUCCAGAAGAGGAAGAACAAGUGGUAUUUCUAAUUUUUUUUUUGUUUUGAUAAAAGAUAUUUUGGUAUUUUAGGUAGAAGAACCAGUUCCAGUUUCUCAUGUAGUAGAAGAUGACGAUUAUAAUUCCGAUGAAGACCUAAUAAACAUUGUGAGUGAAGAAAUUACGAAAAAAGUUUUGAUUUCAAUACUGAUUUUAAAUUUUUUUUCAAUGUUUAUAUCAAAUUUUCAGACGAUUCCUCCAAGGUUUGCCGAGUUGGAACGAAAUGUCCCUGGACGUCUGUCGAUUGCCAAAAUCGAAAUGACCAAUUUCAAAAGUUAUUAUGGAACUUGUACUGUUGGCCCUUUUCACAAGGUAGAGUCUCUAGAGAAAAAAAUAUUAUACGAACAUCAAGAAAAAUUUUUUUAAAAUUUACAACUUUAUAUAAUUCUUAAUAAAGCUCGUACUUGAAUCGUUGAUUUUUUUCGAACGAUUUUUUUGAAAGUUUCUUGUGAAAAAUAUAAGUGAAAAAUGAUUGAAAUUUAGGAUCAAAGUGAGUCUUUUUUUAAAUUUAGAUUAUUUUUUUCACUCAUUUUUUUCCUGAACUGUUUACAGCUGCGUUCGACAGGCAGAGCAACAUUUUGCACAGAAAAAAAGAGCAUUUUUUUCGUGUUUAUUUUUUUUGAAAGUUGAAAAAAAGGGCUGAUUUUGACUCUUUUUUUGCGUCAUUGAAGAUCAUAAAAUACUUCUGCUCCUUCAGAGAUAUCUGGAAAAUUUUUUUGUAAACAUAUUAUAUUUUUUUCCAGCUCAAGCUCUAAUCAAAACGUUGAAAAAAAUGAUAAUCUCCGGUUUUUUUAGUCAUUCACUUCGGUUAUCGGCCCGAACGGUUCCGGAAAAUCGAACGUUAUCGACGCGUUGCUCUUCGUUUUUGGCUUUCGAGUUUAUUUUCUUCUCAAAAUGUCUUAAGUUCAUAUGUUUUUCUUUCAGUCAGCCAAAAUCCGCGCGAAAAAAGUGACGGCUUUGAUUCACAAGAGCGCCAAUCAUCAGUGUGAAUCUUGUAAUGUCCGCAUCGUUUUUCACAACAUUAUCGAUCGGGUUUGUCAUUUUUUUAAUUGAAGUUCAGAUCGAAAUUUAUAAAUUUUUUUAUCUGUAAAAAGUUCUAAAAAAAUUUUUUUAUUUUUCUGGAAAUUAUCUUUAUGUUAGUUCAGUCGUUGCCCAAAAAAAUAUUUAGCAAGUUUUACAAAUUCGGAAAAAUCGUGUUUUUUUCAGGAAAUUUUGGAGUGGGUUUAUUAUUAAUGUAAAUUUGAUAGAAACUUAAAAAUUUUUGAGUUUUUUUCAAUUUUUUUAAAACUUGAAGAAGAUUUUUUUGAGAUAUGUCGAUAAUUUUUUUGAAUAAAUUUUCAUAUUUUUUUCUUCGAGUUCAUUUGUUCAUGUAUUUUCAGGGCGAAGAUGACUAUUAUAUAAUCGAAGGGACGACUUUUUUUCCAUUUCCAGAUCGGUAACUAUGCGUGGCGACAGUAAAUAUGACAUCGAUGGAAAGGUAAGAAAUUUAUUUUAUUUUUUUUAACUCUGCAACGAUUUUCGAAUUUCAAAAUUUUUCUUUCUUAGCCUGUUUGGACUUUCAGAGAACAUCGUAUUAACUCAGAAAUUUCGGUUUUUUCUUUUUGAAGAAUUCAGGGAAACAUUUUCUUUUUUUCUAAUUCUAUUCUUCCAGACAGUCACUCAUAAAGAAGUUGAAACGAAGCUGAAAAGUCUGGGAAUCGAUCUGGUUCACAAUCGUUUUCUGAUCUUACAAGUGAGUUCUGUGAGAAAAUAUCUAGAAAAACGACUUUUAAAGACUUUGAAGGCACAUUUCUGUUCAAGGAUUUUUAGGGAAUUCUGAAGUAUAAAAUUUUUAAAAUAACUAAACUAACCUCGAAAACAUAUGCUUAUUUCAAAAUUUUCGAAAAAUUUCUUCGAAAUGAUAUCUUAUGAAUUUGGUUAAAAAUCUCUAAAAGAUAAUUUCUGGAAAAUUUUAACAGAGUUGGCAGUAAUUUAAUUUUUUCCCCAAGGGAGAAGUUGAAACGAUCGCUUCGAUGAAGCCGAAAGGAGGUCCUGGCGAAGAAGGAAUGUUGGAAUAUUUGGAGGAUAUCAUCGGCUCCAGCAGAUAUUUGGUAUUGCCAGUUUCUUUUAUAAACAACUUUUCAAUAUAAUAAAUUUUCAUGGACUUCAGACGGCAUAUAUAGUAUGAAAAAAAAAACGGUCGCUUAUAAAUUUAUCGAGUAUCACUAAUGUCAGUGCAGAUUAAAUUGAUUUAUUUGAAAAAAAUAUCAUUAAAAAUUCUGAAAAGUAGUUAGGCGCAGACUUGUUCUGCGCCAUUUGGGUUUAGGAUGAGUUGGGAAAAAAAAGAGCGUUAUGAUAACUUUUUCUGUAAAUCAAAUGUUGUAAAAUUUUUGUUGAGUUUAUGAUAAGUUUAGCUUUUUUUUUUGAAUGUGAAGCUCGAAAAAUCUCCCAAAAGUUUGAGGAUGAAAAAAAUGCAGAAAUACAAUUUGAAGUCAUUUAUUCGCUGAAAAAUUCCGAAUAAACUUUUUGAAAGUAGUUUUCGUGAUUAUUAUCAAAAAAUUUAUCCAUUUUUUUAAAAGUAAAAAAAAAAAAUUGACCCAUUCCAAUUCUUAAGUCGAUAGAAAUAGCUUAUCUAUGAAGUACACGAAUUCUUAAACUUUCUACCGACAAAGUCAAAACUUUUGUGGACCUCGUGAAAGUUGACACGUUCAAUUUAACUUUGAUUUAUGUAGGUGUGUUUUUGUGACUUCGUAAAUUUUCGUCCAUAAAGUUUGAUUUACAGCCGGCAAUCAGAAAGUUGGAUCGACGUCUGGACAAAAUGAAGGCCAUUUUAUCUCAACAAGAAGCAAGGUAAUUGAAAUAAAAAUAAAUUCCAUUAACCUUCAAAUCAAUUCUAUAAAGCAAAUUUUGUUGAUUUAAUACACAAAUACGUAUUCAGAAAGCUUCAAAUACUUUUACUCCGUGUUUUCUGAAAAUUUACGAGGUUUAUGAAUGUUUGUUUCGAGUAAAUUUUUUUUUUUGCUCUGAAAAAAUGCUUAAAAAAAAGGCUCAGUAACUCCUAGAAAUCGAUUUUUGAUCCGUAAUCAGACGAAAAUUUUGUUAACGUUUGUAAGAUGUUGCAAGUUUCUGGCGGUCACAAUCAGUUGAAGGAAAAAAAAAUUACGAAUUUUCGUUUCCAAAAAAGGGAUUUUUUAAUUUUCCUCUUCAAAAAUCAAUUUUUUUUUUCUAACUUUAUCAUAUGACAUAUAACUUUGUUCGAUAUCAUAAUUUAUUUAUUGAAAAAAAUUCAAAAAAACAUGAAAAACAUCUGGUUAUUCAUUUUUUUCUUUUUAUAAAUUCUAAGAAACGUAUUAUCACUUUUUUUCACGCUGUCUCCGUUAUUCUCAAAAACAACGGGUACAAUAAAAAAAAACAUAUGUUUUAAUUAGGAUGAAACUUCAUCCAGUAUAAUUGUCCGUCAUCAGAAAUGCGGACCCAACUUUUUGAGCCAUUCCCUCUUACUGUAGCCGGGUUACGGUAGGAAAGUGGACAUCUGCGUAUCUAAGUAUUGAAGAGUUUUUAUUAGGCAAGUGAUAUAUCAAUCGAUAGGUAAUCCAAUUUUGAGAACUUUUACAGUACAUACCAUCUUAUGUUACGGUGGAAAAAUUUUGAGUUACGGUACUUUUUGCGUCUGCCGAGUCAGUUUUUCGGCCACCACGAGCUUGAGCCAGGAGAUCAAUUCUUUCUAGCUCAUCAAAAGAUACCUUUCGAAAAGCUCUACAAGGUGAUACUAGUUUGAAAGAAUCUUAGGUGGACCAUCAUUUAGAAAAAUCGCUCCGAAGGCGCGCAAUCGUGGUCUUGCGGCGACCAAAUGGGUGAAGUCCAUGAUGCCUGACGGCUCAUUCUUCACUGAUCCAUUCUAAACUUUGUUUCCAUUUCACUUAAAAUUAUCUAUCAUUGAUUUUUAUUGCAACAUGAGAUGAUUCCAGGUUGACCAUCAUCUCGAAGUUUCAUUUUGAAUCCAAAUUUGGCCCCGUAAAAACGUUCCCUAGUCAGAGAAACUGAGGAAAAAGAUUUUCAUGUCAAUUUUUCUGAAAAAAAAAGUCAAUUCUUUCAGGCAAACUCAGUACCGAGAAGCGGCGGAACAUCUCCGGCCAAUCGCCGAGGAAACUGUCGAAUAUUUGCGGAAUGAGAAUGAGUUGGCCAAUACGCAGGCGAGGCUUCUUCAGUGCAAAAAGUGAACUUGAAUCGAACUCAUCUCAGAAUUAAUAGAAAUUGGUUCAGACACGAGCUGACGACGACUUUGGAUCAAGUAACCCUGGAUUUCGAGGCGAAAAGUUUGGCCAAAGAUAACGCCGUCGAAGAUUUGGCCAAGAUCAAGGCGGAGAUCGUCGAUAUUGAGCGAAAGGAGAAGGAAUUCGAGAAGUUGGUCUUGGAAAAAAGGGCGUUUUCUUGGAAGGAUUAAAAGUAAUGUCGCAACGAACAGACAGAUUUUAUGAGAUAUUUUGGUAUGGCUUGGAGUUUCCUCUCUUAUAGUUUCUUCGUACUUUUCUUCAUUUUUCCGAAAUUUCAUUCAAAUCGGUUAGGUAUAAAUCAGAGAUGCGCGGAACUGAAUUUUUAACUUGCGGAAUGCGGAAUAAAUUUAUUUUGUGCGGAAGGAGUGACGAUUUCCCUAGUAGUAAGCACAAUUUUCGGAUUUCAAGGUAAAAUUUAUGUAUUUUUCCUUUUCAAAAUGAUAUUUUUCCACGGAUACUGGUUAAAAAAUGAUCAGAAAUUUCAACAAGUCAGGAUAUAUUUUCGAGAAGUUGAAAAGCCAUAUCGAAAAACCGAGAACGCGGAAAAAUAUUUUUUGCGUAGGGCGGAACUUAGCCCAUCUCUGGUAAAAUUCCGAAAAAGGGAAUAAUUUCAUAGCUGCAGGGCUUAUCAAGAACCUAACAUGAUAUAUUUCAAUACACAAACCGAAAACAAAUAUUUUGCUUUUUCAAAAAUCUUUCUGGAAAAAUGUGCCUUUUUUGACUUCUUUUUUUUUGAGGGGCGGGGCGGAAUAAAACUCUAAUUUGUGCAUCAUAUUUAUAGACCCCUUUAUUUUUUUGCAGUUUUUUUGAAAAAUUUUGUCAAAUAUUCUUGCAAAAAAAGUCCUUUUUUUAUAAUGUAUCUCACCACAUUGCCUUCUUAGUUCAAAAAAAUCAAAUUUUUAUAAAAAAAUCCAGUACAAAGUUUAUUGGAAUAUUCAUAUCGACACGGUCAUAAUUAUAGGCUUUCUCUGCAUUAGAGCUUGUUUUCAUUUUUUUUUUUUCAUUUUUCACUUUCAGUUUCGGUUUCCAAUAAAAAGUCUAGUUAGAGAUUGUAGGUUAUAAAAUAAUGAUUAUCAGUCGGUUUUCUUGAACAUAAAAAAGUUUUUUUUCACCAAAAGAACUUGCAGAGAACUCGCCGAGCUGCAGAAAAAGUUGGAGGAGAAGAACAAACUGGUUGCCGAGCACAUGAAAGAAGAAGUCGGCCGUCGGGAGGACCUCAAAAAAUGCAAUAAACUGCUCAGCACCUGCGAUCAAUGCAUCGAAUCGACCAAAAAAGCUGUUCGUCUUCAUUUUUUUUUUGGACGAAGUCUGACUUCUUCCCGAGUUUUAGUUGGAAAAACGGAUACAAGAAAGGGAAGAGGCGAUCCGACCGGAAACCCCGUCGGAAAUGAGACAGUGCUAUAUGAACUAUGAGAAGUUCAAGGCUGUGGUUGGGUCUUUCCAUGGAAAAUCGGAAUAAUUGGUCUUCGAUUUGAUCAGGCCGAUGAUAACCUGGACAAGUUCGACCAGAAGUCCAAAAGAUUGAGGGAUCAGAGAAGAAACGUCGAGAGAGACUUCGCCAACAAGAAGGACAACUUCAAUAAUCUCAAUGCUAAGGUAUAAAUCUUGUUUUUCAAAACGUUAAGGUCUUUUUUUAAGAAUUGAGUUCUCUGACAAACGCUAGCACGUGAAAAAAUAUCUGAACCUUUUUAUAACCCAGUUUUUCGCCUAGAAACUUGUAAAAUAUAGACCAAAGCUAGCUGUCAAUGAGCUACCAAAAAUCCAUAGGUUUAUUUGGAGAAGCUUGAAAAGUGUUUAUUUCUUAACAUUUGACCUUCGAAAAUUGUCAAGUUCCAGGCUUUCAAAAGUUUUUGGGUUUUUGUUUGUAAAAUGGAGGCUCGAUAUUUUCAUUAAAAAAAAACUGAUGAUGAUUUUUUUAUCACGAAUAAUUCAUAAAGUUUACACGAGUUUUUAAAAUCAUUACUGUAAUUUUAAAUCUUAUUUUCUUUUUAAUGAUUGGGGGUCAAUCUUUCUAUAUUCGAGAGUAAUAUCGGUGUUAAGGGCUCAAAAAACUGUGAAGAAAAGUCGAAUAUAGCUUUUAAAGCUGAAAAAGUUCCGUAAUAGCUGAAUUCUUCUCACGAGUUGGAACUCAAAAAAAUCAAAAGGAUCGCUGGUUUCAAUUAUGUGACCACCUAUGAUGAUAGAAGAAAAAGCCUGAUAUAGUUUUUGAAAUAAAUAUUCAAGUAUUAAAAUAGUUGUCAAAGCUGAUAAUCUGACUAAACUAAAUUUUUUAAUGUUCACGCUCAAGAAAUCGAAGUUUCAUAACGUAGCGUGAUGACUGAAUUUUUUCUUACGAUCAAGUUUGAAAAAAUCGAGAAGCUCCCCUAGAUUUCGAAUCUGUGGUCAGUUCUUGAAGAAAAACUAAGAAAAAAGCUCAAUAUAGCGUUCUAAAGCGGAUAACCUGACGUAAUGAUUUUAAGAGAUCAGUUCAUUAUCUAAACAGUCGAUUUGUAGUUGAUGGUGGCCGAGUCAGAGCUCGAAGAUCUGAUAGCGUUAUCGAGUCGAGACCGGGUCAGACUUGCCGAACUUCAGAAGACCUUGGCCGACACUGAGAGAAAGGAGGCUGAAGAUAAUAAGUCGAACUUCUUACUGAGAAAAUUCCCUAAUAAAACGGCUCUUUUUCAGCACUUUAAUCGAAAUAAAAGCGGAACUGCCCAUAAGGGAGGCCGAAGUGACCCAAAUCGAGGCCGACGUCGCGAAACUGCGCGAAGAGGACAACGCUCUGAGAGCCGAGGUGCAGAAGAAAAAAGAUGGAAAUUGAUUGGUUUUCCCAGGUCCUAACGCUGAACCGGCUGAUCGACUCGCAGGUCAACGAUUUCCAGCAGAAAACCAACAAAACCAAAGUGGCGACGGCCCUGACCGAGGCCCGAAGAAACGGCAGUUUGCCGGGGUUCAUCGGUCGUCUGGUUGGUUCUUCAUCCAAUUUCGAAAUAAUAUGCCCGCAACCAUCUUAUGGAGCUUCUCAUCGCGGUCCUAGUGGUGUAUUUCGAAUCGCAUAGUUGGUAGUUUUGAAAAAAAUGAAAAUUUUUUACCAAAAGACAAACAAAGUUCUCCUGAAAAAAAAAAUCAAAAUUUCUCAAAAACUAACAAAUUAUCGAGAAGGCAUUUCACUUGUCGGCUUAAAAUUUUCUAGAAAUUUUCUUAAAUUUUCUCUGAAUAUUUUUAUUAAAAUCCACCAAAGAUGCAACUCGCGUCAGCUUCUAGUUUUUAAGUUAAUUAAUUUAAAGGUCGAAAAGUUAGGCCUAAAACCAGUUUUUCGCAAUUUUAAAAAAUAAAUCAAAAAAUAGAAGUUUACGCAGGUACUUUGAAUGAUCUUCAUCUAGACCUUCAGAGUGUGCUUGAGCAAAUUUGUAGAAAAUUCCAAACCGCAAGGUAAAAUGCCCUCCCUUGCUAGGUUAGGCUGCUAGGUAAAGAAGGUAUUUUCUUUGGAAUUGGAAUUUUUCCGAAGGUUAAUCAGAAUCUCCUUGGAACGCUGUGAGAAGCUCUACAAAACUGCAUGCGAAGUGCCUUUCUUAAAGCUCCUACUUCUCAAAAACUUCUUUCCUAUUCUAUCCCCUCUACCAUUUUCCGCCUAUCUUCAAACACCCAAUUUUAGAAAUGCGCUAGAACAUCCUUUUUUGAGUGGAGGUAGCCCUUUUUAUUAGUUGAAAUAUUCUUGAAUUUUCCUCAUCGUUUUCCGUACUAGGGGGAUUUGGCGGGGAUCGAUAUUUUAUAUGACAAGGCGAUUUCGACGACUUGCGCCGCUCUCGACUAUUUCGUGGUGGAAACGAAGGACGACGGAGAGCGGGCCAUCGACUUCCUCAACGAGGUCCGUUUCUUCUUGUGUUUCUUUGAAUAGGAUCAUUCAGAUUAGAUUUAUUCAGAACCGAAUUUUAAUAAAAAAUCAUUUUCUGUACAUUUUCGACUUUUGCUCAGCGGAUAAUUUUUUUCCAAUGUCUCCCUGCCUAUGACUACCUACCACAAAAAUUUUUGAAAUGAAAAAAAUAUUUCUUUUUUUUCAAAGUGGGAAUCUUGCUUAAAAGCUCUCUGAACAUAUAGAACGAGUCAAUCAAAAAAAAAAAAACAACCCUGAAUUUUUUUGAAAAUUUAUCACUGGAAUGGGGAAUUCAGAAAGAAGCUUGUAUUUUCUGAAUUUUUGCUCUUUCUGAUAGUAAUGUUCUGGGGUAUGAGUUUUUGGAAAGUACACAUUCAACAAAAAAACUGUUCUGGAGCUCAAAUAUUUUUUAUAAUUUUUAAAAAAACUGGAAAAUAGCGCAGGUACGAAGGACCUUUUUCAUAGAACUUCCGCCAAUUUUUUUAAGCAAAUUAUCAGACUUGGAAAAAAAUCAUAAAGAUUUUUAAAGUAAAAUAUCACAUUUAGAAAAAAAUCAUAAAAAAAGAAAAGGUGCCGAGAAAAAAAUCGGAAAUGUACAGAACUUCAAAAAAACUGAUUUUUCUUCGGAAGUUUAUGAAUAAUAAUAGGUUGGGAUCUCUGUUCAACCUUUUUUUCUGUGUUCAGCGCCAACUUCCCCGGAGUUCGUUCGUCUGUUUGGAUGAAACGCCGGACUUUACUGAACAAAUCGCUCAAACGCCUGACCGAUUGUUGGUUUUUUUUUUCAAUAUUUUCUGAUCAAAAACGAUUUCGGGUUCCCUUUUUUGAAGUCACUUUCAUUUUAGAAAUGUUUUUUUUGUUUCAAUUUUGUAUAUAAUGGGUUAUUUGUCUGUCUAUUGAAUUUUUCAAGCCGUUUCCGAAGUGGCAUAAAAUAGUGAAAAUUCGGAGAAUUUUCAGCCCGGCACCACGUCUUUAUGACCAACUGACGAUUCCCGACCCCCGGGUCAAUAAAGUCUUCUACCAGUCAAUGUUCGAUAUGCUCGUCGUGCCGAAUCUGAUGAAGGCCCAGGAGAUUGACCGAAGCGGAAAAGGUAAUAAUGCAGUUAGGAAGCUAAAUGUGCUAAAAGUUUGAUAAUAAAUGUUUCCUUACACUUCAAGUUUAAGUUAAAAAAAAAUCAGGAACUUUUCAAUAAGAGACAAUAUGGUUUCGACCAACUAAAGGUGGUCCUUCUUAAAAAAUGUAUAAAAUAAAUUAAUAUCGCAGAUUUCGAUUGUUUGGGUCAUUUUUUUGAGAUGUAAUACUUGCUUUUUUGGCCUCUAAACUUAGGUUUUCCUUUUUUUCCUUCGCUGUAGGACACAGUUUUUCUAACGAAACCUAAAGUUAUAAUUUUUUUCAUGUUUCGUGAAAAAUUACGUAAAUUUCUACAUGUGAAAAUAAAAAAAUGCCUUUUUAAAAAAAUCUGCUUUUUUUGCCAGAUGAGACUACGAUUUAUCUAUUUGCAGGAUUUCGGAACAUUUUUUGGGCCAGUAGAAAAAAAUGAGAACUUCUUUUUAGGAAUCACCUUUUUGUAAAAUAAAUUUUUUUAGCUCUUCUUCAAAAAUCUGCUUUUCAAAAGAAGUUCAAGAUUUUUUCUUCAACUCCUAGUUUUGUAGGAAAUUUCCGAAUUGUGACUUUCGAGGGACAAGUGAUCGAUGUCACUGGUAACGUCUCCGGAGGUGGUCAACCUUUAAGGUGCUUCUCAUUUAAAAAAAAAUGAAAGAUUCAACAAAAAUUUCCAGUGGUCGGAUAGGCCAAAAACCGACGCAAGUUUCGGCGGACCAGGAGAAAAUCAUCGAGAUGCAGAAGAAACAACACGAAGAAGCGGAGGAAAAGCAUCACAACUGCUUGAUGAAACUCAGACCCGUUGGUUUUGAAGCUUCAUUAAAAAAAAAAUGGGAAAGCUUUUAUAAGAAACAGAAUUUGUUUUUUUUAAAGAAGAGAGGGCAUAUAAGAUAGGCGGACCUUAGCGCAACAUGUUGUGUGCUUUUGUGUGGUCUAAAGGGUCGCAAGUUCGUUCCACGCCUUUUUUAAUCAAGACUAGCGUAUUGAUUAUCACGGUUUUUGGAUAAGACCACCCCCUCCUUCUCAUGAAAAAUAGUGAAUUUUUUCAGAUGGAACAACAGUUGGUGGAAACGAGGACUGCUGUCGCGCGGUUGAAAGAAACUUACCAAUCUUUGGAAUUAAAUAUUCCGGUGGGUUAAUGUAGAUGAAACAGAGCCAUUUUCGGCUUCCAAAAAAACUCAAAAAUUUUUUUUCUUUGGCUCCAAGUAUUAUACAAAUUUUAUCUAAAUAUAUCAGCACUUUGCAAAGAUUCAAUUCAGACGUUUUCCAUAACGCAAACCGGACGCCCCCGGACGUGUCGGAGCACAAUAGUGACAUCUUUUGUAGCGCAUCCUUAAGUGAUCCCUAGAAUUGUUCAAAGAAGUUUUGAGCGCGCUCUAGUUUUUCUUACUGGGAUACGAGCAGGAAAUUUCAGUUACACAUGGGUAGGACUCUUCAAAAGAUCGCCAAACCGUACUACCUGUGGUUAAAGUUUAUUUUAAUUUUGUUAACACGAUCUCCUGAGGUUGAAAGUUCAUUUUUUUUUUUCGCUUACUUUUCGAAAAAUUUUCUGAGUCAGCUCUUCCUCCGGGGCUUGAUGAGUUCUUGAUGAGUUCGACUUUUUGCAGUACACGAAGGAGAAGUUGGAGACGUUGCGGAAGACGGUCCACGCCCAGGAAAGAAUCGCCAACGCACCUCAAGUCAAAGUCACCCCCAAGGAGAUCGACGUCAAGAGAGCGGCUGUCAACAAAAUCCGAAAGGGUGUGGUGGUUUUCUGGAAAUAGGGAAAGAAAAUAUGACGGAAAAACUUUUAAAAAAAAGUUUAUUCUCAAUUCUGAAUUUUUUUUUUUUGAAGAAGCUUCGAAUUUUUUUUCAUCAUUAUUUUUCUGAUUUUCCAGACCGCGACGUGGCAAAUAACAGAGUUUUGCACGUCGAGGAGAAAUUGAGGGAUGUGGCUGAUAAGAUCAACAAAAUGUACAUCGUUCUAGUCCAGGUAAAUCUAGAAAACUACCUUUCUUAUCAAACUCCAUUCUCCGUUGGCUUGGCUCGGAACUUCUCUUUUCUCCCAUGAUAUCUCUGUUACUCGCGACUCGAAACUUCUGCUUUUCUCUGAACCCUCCUCGUCUCUCGACAACUCUCCCUUGUUGACGUGAUAUUUUAUGUUUCUCUGACCUCGCUGGUGAGGGAACAGAGAGACGCAGACACUCGAAAAAUGAAAAGUUGCGGCGAACGGACUAUAUUUAGCCACCUUUCAUUGAGUUUUUCCUAGAGCCAAUCUUGAAUGCUUUUUCUGAUUUUUAUGUCUAGUUUGAUCAAUUUCCAGUCGAACGUAGACCUGGCCGAGAGGAAUUUGAAGCAAUAUAACGUGGAAAAAUCGAGGCACACCGAGGCUGAAGUCACCUUCAACAAUAGAGAAAAAAACGCGUAGAAGAGGUUUUUUUGGAAAAAAAGAUUAUAUAAAAAAAUUUUGAUAAAAAAAUAUAUACAAGAUAAAAAGUUUUUAAAAAAAUUUUAAUUGUUAAAAAAAGAUAUAAAUUAUUAAACUAUAUGAAUAAUUUAUAAAUGAUAUUAUUAAGAAACAGGUUUUUUUCUUCAACGCAGCUUGUGAAACUUCAUUGGAAAUCGAGUUAACCUUUCUUAGGAAGUUGCAUAAUCAAAAAGAGAAGAUGAGAAGGAUUGAGAUGGGUAUUUAUUUUUUAUAGCAAGAACCCCGUUUCAUGAGAAGUUUUAAAUGUUUUUGAGUUUUAUGGAUUUCGCUGCUUUUUUGGUUGCCUUUCGAAAGAGAGAAAUGUAUUUGGUAUUUAGUCGGAAAUGUGUUAUUUAGAGUUAUGUGAUGUAAAUUAUAAACUAAUAUAAGAAAGAUCACUUAAGUAGUCUCUAAAGUCUUUUCCCUGACGUCGAAAGUUGCCUUCAGCUCGAAACUCGGCUGGUAGAACUUGAGGCAGAGCGAGAAAAACACGUGGAGGCUUGCAAAGUCGCGGCAGCCUUGGAACUGGAAGCCAAGGAGAAUCGACAUCUUGCCGACAAGAAGGACAUCCAGGUUCUUGAUUACGGAGAAGCUCCAUCGAAAAUCAAUUAUUCAAGGACUCGAUAACAGCUGUCGAAGAGCAAUUCCCACCUUUACGAACGAAAAGACAAGAACUUCGAGGCGAGGACAUCCAGUUGGACAGUGAGAUUCAGGUUUCAGGGAGGGUUUCUCAGGAGAUUUUUAUUUUUGUUUGUAGAAAAUGCAAGACGAAGUCACCCAGCUCACCCUUCAAAUGACGUCCAAACAGAGGCAGCUGGAAGUGAUGGAUAAGGAGGUAUAAAGAGAGGAAAAUGGCUUGAAAUAACUUGGGUAGGCCAGAGUGGUCACUAUGGGGGAGAGCGAAAAUGUGCUCCCUAAGGCGGUAAACUUCGAGUGCUCCCUAUAGGGGUUUAGGGUCGGACUCCCAAGCUCCCAAAGCUUGAGUAGUCCUUCUAGGGGUUUAGGUCCGAUCUCGAAGCUUCUAAAGCUCAAGUGGUCCCUAUAGGGGUCUUUAAAUUUUUGUUUCUGAUUUGUAAGUUUAAACGACUAUUUGAUGAAACUUUCCGCCGUAUUCAAAAAUUUUAUUUUUAAAAAAAAUUGCAAAAAUUUGAUUCCAAGUUUUGAAAAUAAAGGUUUGUGGAAAAAAUAUUUUCGAACUUUUUCCAGAUGGAAAGUUUCAAGCCGCAAAAGGUCCCUAAACUGCGACACGUGCAAAUGGACAAAACAAUGGAUCGGUUCUCCCUGUGGGACCAUCCGUCCGCCUCUAAAGUGACCCCCUCGAAGGCGGCCGCAAGUGCUCCAGUUGCUGAUCCAGAGGUACUUGCAUGUUUCCUGAGUCUUAGGACUUUUUGAAAAAAAAUGAAUCUACAAAAAAUGGAAAUUAGAUAAUGAAAAUUUUCAAAAAUUUUAAGGAAGAACAAGAUGAAGAAGAUACCGCGGAAGGACUCCUUUUACUCACCGAGGAAGAGGUUUGUUCAUAAAAAAAAAAUCAAUAAUUUCUUUGAAUUCUCAGAUUUUGGAAGUGACCACGAAUCAGAUCGCCGAGAUGAACUUCAAGGUCGAACAGAUCAAGAAACGACUCCAGGAGACCCGAGGAAACGUCAAUUUCAGCUCCGUCGCCGACUACAUGAAAUAUGUCCGUAUUAUUCUCAAGAAAACGAAAAAUGAGAAGAUUCUCAGGUGAAGCAAUUCGAAGAGGAAACCGCCAAAACCACGGCCUUUUUCGACACUUUCCUGGAACACCGGAACAAGUCUGUCAAGCUGAAGACGGACAGACGCAAUGAAUUCCAUGUAUUCUGAGAAUUUUGAGUGAUUUAUGUGAGAAACGGGUGUUCAGGAGGCGUUCGUGUUCAUUUCGGGCUGCCUCCGGGAGCUCUACCAGAUGAUAACCGUCGGCGGCGACGCUUCCCUCGACAGCAAAGGCGGAAGCGGCUAUGACCCCUUCAACGACGGCGUCUUUUUCAUGUUCGUGGUUUUUCUUUCAGAAUCAAUCAAUCAUUUGUUUUCGUUUUUAAGUCAUAGUUGAACAAACCCCUUGUUUUUCGAAAGUUCAAGACAUUUUGAAUUUAGGUUUUCUCGCUGAGAAACGGUUAUGGGAAUUUGAAAAACGAUUUUUUCUUUAUAGCGCGCGACGAUGAUCUUUCAAUAACGCCGCAUGAAUUAUUAUUCAGCUUUCAUAUCUGAAAAAAAUUCAAAAAAAUGUAUCGCUGUUAAAGAGUUAUGAUCCCACAAAAAAACUUUUAGACAUGUAAAGGCAAAAGUUAAAAAUAAUCAAAUUUUUAAACCAAUUCUUGAGGAUUAAGAUCAAUUUUUUUUUUUUGAGCUCGCAGCCAGAAUAAUCAGGCUAGAAAACAAUGAAAAAUUCGUAUAUUCAAGGGUGCGACCGGCUAAAAAAUCGUGGAAAGUGAUUGAGAAUCUGAGUGGCGGCGAAAGGACCUUAGCCUCCCUGGCCUUGGUUUUCGCCUUGCAUCAGUAUCGGUGAGAAAUAAAACAAAAAGUAGGCAAAUGAGUCAUUUGUUCAGACCAACUCCCCUGUAUGUGAUGGACGAGAUCGACGCGGCGUUGGAUGCGAGGAACGUCUGCAAAAUUGGAGUUUAUAUCAAGGUUUUGCAAGAUUUUGAGCUUUAUUUUUGUUUAUUAGAAACCUCUUUCGAUUCUUGAAUUUUUUGAAAAACCUUGAUGUGAACAGAAUCCUCUCCCCAUUAAAGUCCUUCUUUCCAAAAUAAUAAAAGAAAAAAAUUAAAAAAAUAGAAAGUUUUUUUUGUCGAAGCAAUGGAUCACGUUCAGGUUUUUUAUAUUUUUUUGCAGCAAUUUAAAAUUUUUUUAUUGGGAACUAGAAUCUAUAUUUCUUUAAGAAUUCGUACUUUUAUGCAACUUCAAGAAUAUCUCAAGAAACACCAUGAAAAAUAUGUAAAUAAAAAGUUUAUCUCCGGCCCUACCAAGUGCUUCAAAAAUUUGGAUAUUUACAGGAUCGCGCCAAAAAUGCUCAGUUCAUCAUCAUCACCCUCCGUAAUCAGAUGUUCCAACUUGCCAAUCGAAUUAUCACCGUUCGAAAGGUUUGACACAUGAUUUGGAUAACAUGGUUCAUUACCAAGGGCUUCUGUAUAUUUUUAAAGGGAUAAGAAUGCAAUUCGAACUAUAGAUGCCCAUUUUUGGAGCAAAAAAAAGAAAGAAAAACUCGCAUUAUUCUUUUUUUGAAUGGAUUUUUCUGCUAUUUCCGUUGGAUAUGGAAUGAAAAAAACUUUAAAAAAAGAAAUUUUUUUGAAAAAAAUUUCUUCCUUUUUAAAUUUUUUUAUGCUUCUGUCCUGCAAUUAAAAUGAAACACCAAGGAUUUCAAAAAUCAUUCAUUUCAAGUCGAAAAAUUAUUUAUUUACUUAUAGCCAAUGAGCCAAAUAGGCUUUUUCUUUAUGGCCAGUACUGUAAAUCAAUAAUUUUUUUCACUCAUCAUUCCUUUUUUUGAUAAAUUUUGACUCAAAAAAAGUAUGUAAAAAUGAAUAAUUUCAAUUUUUUUACAGAUCAGAGACGUCACCGUGAUGGGAACCAUGCAGCUGAAUCCGACGACGGAAAUCCAACAGCUUAGGGCCGAAUUCAAUGAAGCGGUAGACUCAUUUUCGUGGCUCGAAAAUAUAGUUUCCAUGGUUUUUCAGGUCAGAUUGGUACGACGGGGAGAAACUCGUCGGCGAGUUGUUAUCCAGGAUUUGCCAAUUGAGGCCAUUGAGGCGAUUCAGGUAGACUUUUCACUGAUUUUUCAAAGAUUAUGGGUGAAAAUUGAAAAUCUAAGAAAUCAUUUGAGGAUCUGUAGUUAAAAUUGAUCCGUGAAACAAUAAAUUUGAUUUUUACAAAUUGCAAAGGUUAGUAAUGGGUACUGUGUGAAUUUUGAGGAAAUUCAGAGACUUUGGUAUUUUUGGCAUCAUUUUUUGAACUUCAAAAAGGGAGAAACCGUAGAAAAGAUUGUUUUUGGAAAGCAACAUGAGGUUGCCGUUUCUCUCGAUUUUUUUUUAAAAAUUCAAAGACUGGAAAAUUAGUGUUACCUUCACCUGCCUUUGAAAAAAAUUUUCUCAGAUCCGAGAAAUUUCGAUUUAUACAAGGCUUUUUAUUAGAAUAUUUUUGAAAAAGUAUAGAUUGAAACAUUUGAAAAUCAAAUCACUAUAAAAUCUUUUAUCUGAGCUUUUUUUCAUCAUGUUUUUCGAUUAAAGAUAUCGGUAACAGAAGCUAAAAGUUUCAAGGAUUGCCGAAUAAUUUACUUUUUUAACCGUUCCGACCAAUUUGAGAUGCUUAAGAAAAAAAUAUUAUUUUGAAAAAAAGAAAGUUUAAAAUUUCCACCCUUGUUCAGAUUGUCGACCGAGAAGAGGAAGUUGUAAUGGAAGAAGAAUUUCAUCGAAUGUCCGUGGAGCCGAGCUCACAUGCGCCGUCCAGACUGUCAGAAUCGCCGUUUGCGAGGUCCAGAACACCGGCGACGUCUUCGAGAACCUCUUCGCCAAUGUUCCCGCCUCGUCUGAUGAUCGCCGAAAGCCGAGAAGCGACAGCAACGCCAACAAGAACCCGAACUGUCGAGCCUGCAGAAUCUCCAAGCCCUGGAUCAAGGUUUUCAGCCAUCCGAGAGCUGUCAGCAACCCCGACCCGGUCCUCGAUGAUCCCGACGACUUUCGGAUCGCCUGGACCUUCCGGAAUCCCCAGGCAGAAGCCUCCGAGCGUCUUCGUUAUGCCUACCUCUCCCUCUUCCUCUUCGACGAGUCCCGAUGACCCAGACAAGCCUGGGCCGUCCAAGCCUCGAGCCGGCUUUGCCGAACGUGCCACGCCCAAGAAACGCAGCAUCGCCAUGUCACGGUUCGAAGACGACGAGGAAGUCGGACCGUCGUCGAGUCCGAAGCGUCAGAAGGAGGCUGUCGAAGAUUCCGAUGAGAUGGAUGAGGACGAGGAGGAGAUGGAAGACGAUGACGACGAGGAGUUCUCCGCCAAAAAGAAGAAGACGUCAGCGAAGGCAAAACGUCCGGCCGUGAGGUCGAGAGGAGGACGAGGAAGGGCCAGAGCUAGGGCUAGGGGAACGGUUAGUUUAAAAGACGGAGAAAAAAAAGCUACUUUUGAAAAAGGGACAGACAUUCUAUAUAAUUUUCGAGAAACAGUGAUGAAAAUUCACCCAGGGUGCAAUAAUUCAAUAAAAUUUCCAUUCUCUCGACUUUUUUCUUUGAAUUAUCAGACCUGAUUCAGGUGUCCAUUCAGCAAAAACGACUUUCAGGGCGAUUUGUCGAGCCGCCGGGCGCGACCACGUCGUCCAACCCGAUCGGCCUUGAGACGGGCCACAGAUCCCGAAAGAGGCGGUCGUUUGGCCUCGCCCGUGGCCCCCGACGAAGACGAUCACUUCUCCAACAUCAUCGCUCAGCUCCAAGAGACGCUGACCGCCCCGUCGCCCGCCAAAAAGAAGGGCUCGAAAAAGAAGAAGAAGAAGGGAAAGAAAAAGCGCAGCGGCCGUCCUGAGCCUCAGGAAGAGUCGUCGUCGUCCUCUUCCUCGCCGUCGACUUCGUCGUCGUCGCCGUCGCCGGUUCGGACCUUACUGAGGAGUGGAAAGUAGAAGAAAUUCUUUGUCCAGGUCGGUUUUAGAACGCUUUGAAAGUUCACAGUGGAGUGUAGUAUGAACUUUGGGCCGAAGAAAAUAUGGGAAAUGAAUUUUUAAACAAAUGCACUGAUUUAUUGACUUGAAGAAGUCAGUCGCAGAAAUUUUACGAUAAAGGACGAUUUUCUAAUUAAAAAAAAAAAUCUUUUAGAUAUAGUUUCCAAAAAAAGAGUUCCAUUUAACUUGAGCAAAAAUGAAGAACAGAAAAAAAAAUUAAUGAGCGGACUCAGGGUUUUUUUGCAUAUGAGAGUUGAAAAAUGGCAAACUUUAAAAGUAUUAAAAAUAUAAUUUGUUUUAUAAAGUGAAAUAAUCUUGUCAUUAAAAAAUUUUCAAACCGAGACUCUUAUAGUUUUCUUCAAAAUUAUCAAAUGAAUUUCGAUUUUCAGCUGGGACUUGACUAG